UACAGAUGACAAUGGGUCUGUCUGUAUUAUAAAUACCAUGUGCAUGUGUCUUCUUCUUAAGAGAAGUCUAGAGUUUUCCUUCUGUUCACACAUUCAACAUGUUGGUGCAAAAGCUAAGCUGGAUCAUUUUGCUGCUCUUUCUGUGUCAGCAUGGAAUAGAAGCAAAAAGAACAGUGGCCUGUGAAGGAGGAUUUGUGCACCUCCGCUGUGAUUUGGGAUUCAUAAAGGUUGUUGAAGCCAACUAUGGGCUGACUGAUUGCACAACAUGUGCUAGUGGGAGACCAGCUAAUCAGAUUUCGAAUACGCACUGCUUCCAAGAAACAUCCCUCUCUACGUUGUCCACUCGUUGUAACGGAAGAAACAGCUGUUCUGUUACUGCAGUGAACUCAGUGAACUGCAGUAUAAAUACCUGA